CUACACCUCCCCUUUAGGAUGGCACUAAUUGAGGAAUGAGAGAAGAGUCAUCAGUUCCACGGUCUCUCAUCCUGUUUCAUAACCGCUCCGGUGGAAAAGAUGAAUUACAGCACUGCGCUGUGGACAUGCGCGGAGCUGCAGCGAAUAUGGCGGCUCGCAUUUGAUGGAAAGUGAGGAGUCUUCUCUCAUCAAAACAGCCCCGCUCUCACGGUUUCUGUUUAGCCGACUCGUCUGGUCAUCAUGGGCCGAACACCACAAAGAGGUAGACCCAAAAGAGGAGAAGAAGGAGAGGCGGAGCAGCAUCAUAGCAGGCUCUGCCCUUGACAAAUCAAACGAGCCGUUUAGUUGGGAAGAGUAUCUGAGAGAAACGUCAUCUGUUGCAGCAUCACCUUCCUGCUUCAAACAGUCUAGAAUCCCCCCUUCCAAUGACUUCAAAGCAGGUAUGAAGCUUGAGGCCCGAGACCCCCGCAACUCCAAUUCAGUAUGCAUCGCCACGGUGAUGGGCAUGAUGGGAACUCGCCUGCGACUCCGGUUGGAUGGCAGCGACAACACGAACGACUUCUGGCGGCUGGUGGACUCUUUGGACAUCCAGCCGAUAGGAACCUGUGAAAGGAACGGAGACAUGCUGCAGCCCCCACUGGGUUUCAGGAUGAAUGCAUCCUCGUGGCCCAUGUUUCUCCUGCGGACGCUAAGUGGUGCGGAGAUAGCCCCCGCCUCUGCUUUUAAGAAGGAGCCGUCCAGCCCGGCUAAAAACUACUUCCAGCCCGGCAUGAAGCUGGAGGCGGUGGACAGGAAAAACCCCUACCUCAUCUGUCCCGCCACGGUGGGAGAGGUGCGAGGUCAGGAGAUUUUUGUCAUGUUUGACGGCUGGCGAGGUGCCUUCGACUACUGGUGCCCCUUCGACUCCAGAGACAUCUUCCCUGUGGGCUGGUGUACUCUGACGAAGCACAGCUUACAGCCGCCAGGAAACUUCUUUACCCUUCCUGGUGCGCUUCUCGCCCCGGUUUCUUCCACAUCUGCAACACGCCGCUCCUCUUUCAACUCCUCCUCCUCCUCGACCUCCAUGCAGACCUCAUACCGACUGCCGAAUCCCCUGCCACCCCUCCCUGUCCGCAAGGGUGUCCGAGGUCGCCGUCCCAAAUCCCAGACCAUUGCUUUGUUGAAAGCCGCGGCUGAGGCCGCCGCAGCAGCAGCAGUGAAUGGAGCGCCUCAGAGCCCAGUGACUGAGACCUUACUGGCCCCCAGACCACACAAGAAGAGAGGGCCCAAGCCGAAAGGCAAGAAGAGGCCUCUGAUGGGGCAAUCGCCGGGUUCCUCACCAGUCACAACUCCGCCUCCAGAGACCAAUCUGAACCCCAGCUGUGUCUCUGUGGACAGCAACCUCAACAACGGCUCAAACGUGAUUUGCACAGUGUGUGUCUAUGUCAACAAGCACGGCAACUAUGGCCCACAUCUUGAUCGAAAACUGGUCCAGCAGUUGCCGGACCACUUCGGUCCGGCCCCAGUCAACGCGGUGCUUCAGCAGGCCGUCCAGGCCUGCGUGGACUGCACCUACCAGCCCUCAGUGCUGUUGUCCUUUCUACAAAGCCAGUCCCACUCAGGAGGAGAGGUCAUUAGAGUUUGCUCGGAGCACGGUAUCCGCUAUGUGAAGCUGCCCUCCGCCUCCAGUGCGUCUUCUGUGCUGCGGUUCUUGGAAAACAUGUGCCAACACCUGGAGAGUGACAGUCUUUUCAGCUCGCAGCCCUUUAACCCCUACAGCAACAACACACGCUUCUACAACAGGACCAAAUCAGAACCACAGUCUGUCACUGAGAACGGCGUUUCCAAUGACAACCCCACCAAGGACCCCACACCGACCCCUCGACCCCCCCACAACACACUGGACUACAGAGCGGCAAAGAGGGAGCGACCCUGUUAUCCUGGACACACACAAACACCACCGCCCCUUCGACGAGUCAGUUCCAACCCCACCGAGCUCGGCUCCGUAAAUACACACAGACGAGUGGAAGCAGCUAGCUCAACAACAGGUCCAGAUCACGUGAAACAGGGCAGAGAGACGUCAGGGAGCAACGCCGCCUCCUGGUCAGUCGAUGAUGUCAUAAGGUUUGUCCAAGAGGCGGAUCCACAAACUCUUGGUCCACAUGUCGACCUGUUCAGGAAGCACGAGAUCGACGGCAAGGCCCUGAUGUUGCUGCGCAGUGACGUCAUAAUGAAGUACAUGGGUCUGAAGCUGGGCCCGGCUCUGAAACUGUGUCAUCACAUCGAGAAGCUGAGACAGACCAAACAUUAGAUGAUGAUGAUGAUGAUGAUGAUGAUGAUGAUGAUGAUGAUGAUGAUGAUGAUGAUGAUGAUGAUGGGACUGUUUUCUCACUGGCACACUUAUAACUCUGCAGGAAUGUAGUCCAGUGUAAAUCCAGUAAAGACACUGUGGUCAUAUUCUGGUACUUAUAAAGAAAUAAUGGGUUUUAGAAACAGGAACAAUAGUUGCCAUUUGAAGAUCGUAUAAAUGGGUGGAAAUCAAAUGAAAAAGCGAAAUUCUUCUGACUUUUAUUGAUGUUCUUUAAUGACAAUAUUAAGUAGAUUUUCAAGCAGAAUUUUGAUUUUCAGUGUAGGAAAAUUUAUAUAAAACACAAUUAUAGAAAACUAAAUACAUUUCAAAUCGAAAACUUUAAUCUCCAUUUUUAAGAUCAUUAUUUUUUUUAAAUACUAUCACUUUUCAUGAGCACAGUAAGUGUAGGAAGUUAACAAAAGCACAGUAUCAGUAUCAGACAUCUGAUUACAGGCAUCAGUUUUGUUUUGUUUGUGUACUUUUAUGCCUUAUUAUGAAUAAAAGAAGGCCAUUAUUUCUGAGUCCCAAUAAGUCCUACUUUUAGCUGGUAAAACCUGGUAAGAAGGCUGGAAAUGCUGCCCAAAGGUAAAUUUGCCAUUUUUAUCCUGGCAAUGAGGUUAGCAGAUAGUUAAAUAUUAUGCAUGCUACGCAAUGUAUGGUCAAGAGGGAGUGAACAACGAGAGCACCUCAGUUAUAGGAAUUAAAAGGGUUCAGUCCCAAAAAUGUUGGAGAAGUCUUGUUUGCUGAAGUCAAUCGUUACAGAAUAGUUUUAUUGACAAAGAUUAUGUAUUAAGAUGAGCAGAGUGGAAGCUGAUUUGAGUCAGAAAGUGGCAGUCUUGUAUAAAAAUGCCUUCCUGAGUUACAGAAGUGCAAUGGUCUGCAUGCUGGAUGACAUUCAUGCUGCUCAGCCUCGUCCUGACUGCUGACAGUCAUGGAGUCAAACACACACACACACACACACACACACACACACACACACACACACACACACACACACACACACACACACACACACACACACGCACACACUCAAAACCAACACUUUAAAUAACUGGAAAACUCCUUCAGUGUUUUAAUAUUAACAUAAAACGACAUCAUUUAUAGUGAAGUCUGGUUGCUGUACAGGUACUACAUAAUGGAGAAAUAGUUUUGUAUAAAGGUUUAAUUAACCGGUAGGUCUUGUUUUUAUCGUUUUUUUUUACUGUAACAAAGUGUACCUGCCUAUACCGAGUGUAACUAUUAUUAUUUUUUAGCCUGAAUAGUGUUUUUUGUGACCAUCAAAUAUCUACCUGCAGAGUAAUAAUGGUGUUUGAGUAAAUAUUCUCCUGUUUCAAAGUGUUGAUCUGUUUUUGACGGCAGAAAAACUUAUUUUCUGAACAUUUCAGAACCAUUCUCGAACCAAAUCGUGUCUGCAUUUCACGCUGUUCACUCUCCUGUAGUGGUAACAAGUUGAUACUUGAAGCCGUGUUGCUUUAAUGUGAAACUCAGGUUUUAGUGGGGGUUUUCUCUUAGAAAAUGUUUUACAUCAUGACGUUGUGUUCAUAACGUUUCUUUUAAUGCCUAUGUAUUGCUCUGUAGCAUUUUCUCUGUAUCGACACAAUUUUUCUACUGUAUCACGAGUUUGUUUAACAUGUCUGCUAUGCAUUCACACAAUUAAACAUUUGUUUGCAUUG